AUGUUCUCCCCGCUGAGGUGGCUGCGCGAGCCGCCCCGUCACGUGCUCGCGUGCGAGAGGGGCCACGUGCGGCACGAGCGCUCCCGCCACGCGGCUCGCGUGCGCGACCACGCCUUCAACUGCCGGGUGACCUUCUUGAUCCCUGAUUGUGGAAUCAUUCCAGAAAUAUUAAAAAGUGUAGUUACAAGUCUUGGGGAGUACUACUUUGUGAAGAACUUGCCUCUUCAUGAGUUAGUUACAGAGGAAUUUAUUAACACAUUUGUGAAGAAAGGAUCAUGCUAUGCUCUUACAUAUAAUACAAGAAUUGAUGAAGACAAUACUGCUGCUUUGCUACCAACAGGCAAACUAAUUUUAUCAGUGGACAAAGACACUUAUGAAGAACUUGGUUUGCAAGGCCAACCAUCUCGGUAUUCUGGUAAAAAACCAAUGAGAUACAUUAUUACUGUUGACUUGACUGAACCAACUUUUGGUCCUGAUGGUAAGAAGCGUAAGAGAGUGAUAUGGGCCCUGAAAGAGAAAAAACCUCUGGAGUUUGAUUUCCUGCUGGCUUGGCACCACACAGGAUUGGAAGAGUCAACACUGAUGUCAUACUUUGCCAAAAACCAAAUACGGGCCUUGCAGCCAAAAGUAACAUUCAGCACAUUAAGAAAUGUGCAGUGUCCAGUGCUGGAGAAUAAUAAACUGAAAGGAGAGCCAGAAGCUGCAUGCAGCGCACAGGAAUUCUUUGAAUGGCUAGGUGCCAUUCUCAGUUGUGAUCGCUUAGAAAACACAGCCUCUAGUUUCUUAUCGACCUGUUCAUGCCCUCAUCCAAGCACAUUUGUUGACCAAGUUUUGUUGUGUACGAUAACCGGCUUUAUCAUUCCAGAGACGAUAAUGCAUUUAUUGGAACAAAUAUGCUGCUAUUUUGAAGAACCAAAGUUGGCUCAGUGGAUAUCGCUGGUAGUUCAUGGCUUUGCUGACAGCCCUGUUUCAUGGAAAGAAAGCGAACAUGGUUUCCUGAAAGGAGGAGAGAAUUUAUAUAACUUCGUCAUUUUCCGGAGCCUGGACUAUUGGCUCCAAAUGGCAGUUGGAGCACAUGAUGACUGUCCUUAAGUAAUGCAGACACCGGCGUACAAGGACAAUUAAUUACUGUUUCUAAAAGGUGGAUGACAUUAUCUACUGAAAUUCAAAAGUAACUGAAGGAAAAUAAUGUGGAGCUUCAUGAUUUAUUAUUUUUAAACCACACAUUUAU